AUGCAGCUCUUGCCACCUGAGCGGCUGAACACUGGUCGUGAUAUCGUCUUCGGAGUGGGUGAGGUUCGCUAUGUGGCCGUUCACGAGAACAAUAAACUUAUCCCAUCCCUGAACCGAGAGUUCAGUCUUGCCACGGUCUUCACGCUGACGUGCGAUCAGAAUCCGUCUGAAGUGACAGCUACAUGGGUCCAGGAGCAGGUAGCAAGGUACAGCAACGAGGACGAUGUCUUCAACGAGCAGUUCUUGGCCACCGUCAUCUUUCAUGUCAGGAGCAGCCAAGAUGAAUCUAUCAAGGUCACGGAUGAAGCACAUAUUCAUCUUCGAGGGUGUGGAACUGAGCAAGUGGUAUGCACUUCGGAGCCACAAUUACUGCCAGGUCCGUUCGCGAUAGUGGGCAGCCAACUCAGGGACGUCUGGAAAUUGGUCGACGAUGUCAAUGGCACCUGUAUGGUGACUUUGAAUCCAAACCAGAAUGCCAACGAUGGAUUCAAGCCAUUCCCUGUCCUCAGCUCAGAUGACCGAUUCUCUAGCUUUGCACUCCCCUCGCGAAUCACAAGUCGGGCGACGUCGAAUUCACUCUUUGCUGGUAUGCGCAUCUUGGUCAAAGAUAACAUUCACCUCAAAGGCAUAAAGACGUCCGUCGGUAAUCGAGCCUUUUACGAAACAUACCCUCCACAGCCUGAAACAGCUGAAUGCGUGAAGAGAUUGAUCGAUCAAGGAGCUGUGAUUCUUGGUAAAACCAAGAUGAACUCCUUUGCGACGUGGGAAGAGUCUGUGGAGUACAUUGACUAUCAGGCACCUUGGAAUCCUCGAGCAGAUCACCACCAAUCUCCCGGAGGAAGCAGCUCUGGGAGUGCGUCGGCUGUUGCUACGUACGACUGGCUUGAUAUGACCAUUGGCACAGACAUAAGUUGUUCUAGUGUCAAGUUAGUGACUAGUUUUGAAUACAUUGGGGUCUUUGAUACAGCUGGGAUCCUUGGGACAGACUUGAGGAAAUGUAGAGAUUUUGCUGCAAAAUGGUUACGGGCAGAGGUAUUGCAGAAGAAUCCUAAGCCGUUCAGCCUGGUUCUUUUCCCGCUCGAUUUCUGGAAGGCCAUUGAUCCCAAACAAGCCAACAUGGGUCGUGAGUUUGCGCAAUUGGUCGUUGCUCAUUUAAAAGCAGACUACCUCGAGAUCUCUUUUGAAGAACUUUGGCUUGAGUCGCCACCCAAGGAUGCUCAAGGCUGCACACUAUCCGAAUACAUUGAUUGGGCAGCCAAGGUUCAGGAUUACGACGCAUACCAUAACUGCGAUGACUUUCGGAAGAAGUAUCAGAAGACUACUGGGCAUGCGCCAUAUGUAUCGCCACCAGUUCAGAAGGCGUGGGCAUUCGCACAAACCAUAUCAAAAGACAAGCGGGACAAAGGAUUUGAACACAUAAAGACCUACAAAGAAUGGUUCGAAACCCAAAUCUUGUCUACGGCGACCGGAAAUGUUCUUGUAGUCAUGCCUAUCGAGUCAAUGAAUCCAAGAUACCGAGAUGAAUCCCCAAAAUUUGAAUACCCUCCACCAGGCAUCAACGCUCUUACUCUAGCACCAGUUCUCGAGGCCCCCGCUAUCACAAUUCCAAUUAAGUCUACACUAUACUUUCAAAAGCCAUGUUGCUAA